CCCUUUCCCUCCAACCCAAAGGCUUACUUUGAAGGAAGUCUUUGUAAAUGGGAAACCUAAUAUUGAUGUCUUGAAGAACCAUUUGGUGAAGGAAGGGCGAGUAGAAGAGGAAGUAGCCUUAAAGAUAAUCAAUGAUGGGACUGCUAUCCUGAGACAAGAGAAGACUAUGAUAGAAGUAGAAGCUCCAAUCACGGUGUGUGGUGACAUUCAUGGACAAUUCUUUGACCUGAUGAAGUUGUUUGAAGUUGGAGGAUCACCUAAUAACACACGCUACCUCUUUCUGGGUGACUAUGUGGACAGAGGCUAUUUCAGUAUAGAGUGUGUACUGUUUUUAUGGAGUUUAAAGAUUAAUCAUCCCAAAACACUGUUUCUGCUUCGGGGAAAUCAUGAAUGCAGGCAUCUUACCGAAUAUUUCACCUUCAAACAGGAAUGUCAAAUCAAAUAUUCUGAACAGGUGUAUGAUGCGUGUAUGGAUACAUUUGACUGUCUCCCUCUCGCGGCCCUCUUAAAUCAGCAGUUUCUGUGUGUACAUGGAGGGAUGUCACCUGAAAUUACUUGUUUAGAUGACAUUAGUAAAUUAGACAGGUUUAAAGAACCUCCAGCCUUUGGGCCAGUGUGUGACCUGCUUUGGUCUGAUCCCUUAGAAGACUACGGCAGCGAAAGGACCUUGGAGCACUAUACCCACAACACUGUCCGGGGGUGCUCUUAUUUUUACAGUUACCCUGCAGUUUGUGACUUUUUGCGGAAUAAUAAUUUGUUAUCAAUAAUCAGAGCCCAUGAAGCCCAAGAUGCUGGGUAUCGAAUGUACAGGAAGAGCCAAACAACAGGCUUUCCAUCACUCAUUACAAUUUUCUCUGCCCCCAAUUACCUAGAUGUCUAUAACAAUAAAGCUGCUGUGUUAAAAUAUGAAAACAAUGUCAUGAAUAUCAGGCAGUUUAACUGUUCUCCACACCCCUACUGGCUUCCAAACUUUAUGGAUGUUUUCACGUGGUCUUUGCCUUUUGUUGGGGAAAAAGUCACAGAGAUGCUGGUUAACAUUCUCAACAUAUGCUCUGAUGAUGAGUUGAGUUCCGAUGAUGAAGUUGAAGAUCACUACAUUUCAAGCUAUCAGAAAGGACUCACUGCAGUUCGAAAGGAGAUCAUCAAGAAUAGAAUCAGAGCCAUUGGGAAGAUGGCACGGGUCUUUUCAGUUCUUCGGGAAGAAAGUGAGAGUGUGCUGACUCUCAAGGGCCUGACUCCUACAGGGACACUCCCUCUGGGUGUCCUCUCAGGGGGAAAGCAGACUAUUGAGACAGCCACAGUAGAAGCGGUAGAGGCCCAGGAAGCCAUUAGAGGGUUUUCGCGUCAGCACAGGAUCCGGAGUUUUGAAGAAGCCCGAGGUCUGGACCUAAUUAAUGAGCGGAUGCCACCCCGAAAAGAUAGCCAAGGGAAGUUGGCAACUCCCGUACAAUCUAAUACUUCUCACAGGAACGAGAAGGGAAGAAAAGCCAGCCAUGACUCAGAGCCCAGCGGUGGCACAGGUGGACCCAAAACUUAAGAGCAAAUUGUAUUUAUUUAUUUAUUAUUGGAAAACAAAACAAAGCAACUUAAACCUGGAGGUGCAUUCAUAACAUACACUCUGCAUUUAUUCUGGAAGAAAGGUGAUCAUUUUAUAAAUUCUUCUAAUUUAUGUCUAACAUAAAUAUAAGCAGCGUAUCUGUUUUGUUUUCCCUUUUCUUCUUAAUUUUUAGGAACUGAUCUGCUUGACUGAUACAUAUGUGAGGUUUUGUGCUAUAAGAGGCACCUUCUCCUAAUAAAAGGGCCUUGGAAACCUCCACCCUGGGUUUCUGACUUGAACCAGCCAGACUUUCUCUUGUUUUUAGAAUGUAAUGUCUUUCAUUGCAGACUAAUAACUUUUCAAACACAGAAAGGUUUUUUCCUUUCUACAUGGUACCAUUGAAGAAGAUCUCUUAGAUUUCAGUGGCUUAAACUUCUCUUCUUAUGGAAAACUUGAUUAUAGUAGAAUUUGUAAGUGAAUAACCGAAACCCAGUGAUUUUAAGAGCCAAAGGGAAUGUUUUCCAUAACCCACUUUCUUCUGGACUCUCAGUUCCUUUUACUAUGUUCUGGUAAGGCAGAAUAAAAGGUAAUGAGGGAUUUCUUAGAAUUACUUAAAAUUUGUUCAUCUAGCUCUGGGCAUGGCUGGUUUAAACUUCCCUUAAAACUUUGGAGGUUUCUUAAAUGUUGCCAGAUUCUUUGGCUUUCAUUUUUGGACCCAGGUGAUUUACUCUGUCUACAAAGGAAGCUACACGUCUAAAUAUUUUACAAAUGCCCUCUGUACAACCUUCAGUAUAAGCACUUAUGCCCUGCUGUGUAUUGCAUCAGCUAUUAUAGCAUCUAUUCUCCCAUUGUCCUUUUUUCUGUGUCAGCAUUUUUUUAAUCAACUGGGAUAAUGAAAACAGGCUAGGGUAGAAUGAUCCCUUAUGAAUCAGAGGUCUUGCUAAAGGGCAUUGGACGAGUGAGGAAUUUCAUAUAUUCUACAUCAAUUACAGGGUGUUUAUCUUUCAACACUCAUCAGGUUGAACUGUCUGUCAGCAUAUUGUGGAAUACGAAGACAAGUGUUCAGAUAUAAUGUUUGAAUAAUCAUCCCUUGAUUUUUCAAGUCACAACCAACUGGGAAGAAAACCUCGGGGGUUCUUGGGCUCCCAUUUUUGGUUUUACCUGGUGACAGGUGCUAUGUCAUAAUACUCAUUGGCCAGCUUUGCAGUAAGUGUGCAUAUCUGGGCAACACUACACCAAAGUGCAUAUUUAUGGAAUUCCUUCAUGUCAUUUGGGCUGUAGGAGUCCAGCACAAGAGCACGUAUCUCAGACAGUAAGACCUUAUGUUGGGAACUUCAAGGACAACAGAAACUUUAUCCAAAAAAUUAUUUCAUUAGAAAUAUCUCUGUUUUCUAUAUCUUUUGUUAACAGUUUCCAGUCUGUUUAUGACAAAGAUCAGAGCAUUGAAGGGAUUGUAAUUUGAUGACGUGAAUUAGUCUGCUUAAACAGAUAGGAAGGAUCCCCAGCUGGUGUGGCUCAGUUGGUUAGAGCAUCAUCCUGUACACUGAAAGGUCACAAGUUGUUUCCUGUCAUGACACAUGUAGGUUUCAGGUUCUGUCCGUGGGGGGCGGGGCGGGGAGUGAGGGGGGGGGACCAAUAGAUGUUUCUCUUUCUCCCUCUUCCUCUCUCUCUAAAAUCAGUAAAAAAGCAUGUUCUCCGGUGAGGAUUAAAACCAUAUUAAAAAAAGGUAAGAAGGAUAUUGAGGACAGAGAUGAAAGAUCUCGUGCUAGAUUGCAGUAAAAACUGUGCAAGAAGGGAGAAAAAAAUCUUUACUGAUGGCCAUUUCUUUACAAUGGAAUUCGUCACCUGGGUAUCCUCAGCCUGCUUCUCUCCGUCCCAGGAUAGAAAAGACCGCUGUUCUGGGAGUCUCACCUAAAGUGGAAGUCAGUCCACGUGACACGUUUGAUAGAUGGGGGUCCCUAUCCCUUUCUCCUCUUCACUGAGGCGGUGGUUUUACAUACACAACCCACAGGUAGAAACCACUCUUAUGGGCUUCAGGCACAGGCAAGUAGUGGAAUAGUUAUACAUCCAUAUAAGCAAGAAAUAAUAUUGUGCUAGUAAAAAGGAUGCUUAUUUAGGACUGUCUUUAUUAUCCUCUCAAAAAGAAGCAGUGCGGUCAAGCAAGUGUCCUUGACAGGCAUGGCCAAAGGAUGUACCUCACAGGUGCCCUUUGAGCUGUUGAAGGAUCCCCCACAGCAGAGAGGUGAGAAGUCGUCAUUCAAGAAAAUUGGAGUUUAAAAUGCAGCAGCAACGGGUCUUGAAGGACGUUAGGUUUGAAAAUCCUGUUGAAUUCUAAAGGAAAAGGUAUUUCUGAUAUUCUGUAGAAAGCUGGGGUGUGUGUUUCAAGAGUUUAAAAAGCUGUGUGUGAAGUGUAUCUGUAAGGUACAGAUAGCUUCUUAAAGUGACACUGUCACUCGGUGUACUUACAUAGGCUGGCCCCUCUGACUGAAGACAGGUUAGAGGCAUGAACCUUAAGAA